AUGCAAUUUCCGCUCAAGAAAACGGUUGAUGCGUGCUCACCUAAUAACAUCAACAAGAACUGUGGGACCUCUCACAUAAUUCCUGCUCGACCCAAUUCCAUAAACUCAACAACGCAUUACCUUCCUGCCGUUUUGCAGUAUGACCGUGUCGUACGAGCCUUGCCUGGCAAAGCCAGCGGCGACACAUCGGGUCGGGGCUUCAGCGAAUCGGAGGAGUCAGACGCCCGGCAAAGCGCUGACGUCAGCUGGUGGCAAGCCGAAGACCAACAGACCGAUGAGGCGCAGACCCAGCAGCGGCAGCAUAUGGGCCAGCUUUCCCGAACUCCGGUCCUUCCUCGAACCCGCCGACUUACUCCCUUCCCUAGAAUCCAGGAUCCAGAUGCCGCGUCGCCCGCCAUUGCCGCUGCCGCUUCCACGGCCACCGCCGCCGCCGGCCUAAACCCCAGCAGUAGCCUCCUUGCCGGCGGCAACAGCGCCGGCGCUGACGCCAAUCCCUUCUCCGCGCGCAUGUUGAUGCCGCCGCCGUCGCUGCCACCAGCCAGUUCACCGGCAGCUGCCGCGUCUCCGCACUCCCGGGCGUUUGGCGUCCUCUCCACCGCCAUGUCAGUUCUUGCCGUCGGCGCCUACGUGUACACCCUGGUACGGCGCAGGCAAGCCGAAGAUGCCACCAGCGGCGGCAGCGGCGGACCCAUGGGUCAGAAGGCCCCGGCCGCCAUGCCAGGCGUUGCGCCAGCCGGCGGCGGCUCGGUACCGCCGCCGCCGAAGGCAUCAAAACGACCUGGCGCGGGCUCGGGGCUCUUUCGUCCCACAACCGCAACCCAAACCGCUUCUGCAAGGCCGCCGGCAGUAGCCUCCACCGCCGCCGCAGCGGUGCCGGCAGUAGCAACACCACCUGCAGCGGCUCCAGCCACGAAUCCAGCUGAAGUCACAGCUGCUACGGCUCCACGCUCGGCAGCGGCUGCUGCAGGGCCCGAGCAGCCGCCUACCUCUCCCCCGAGGGAAAGCGGCUGGUGGCGGAGGCUGGGGCGCGUGUACUACAUCAGUUUCGGAGCGCAGUACGGGCUCGUCCCACGGAUCCGCCUUGACGGGACCGCUGGAACCCUUCCUGGCAGCAGCAGCAGCAGCAAUACUAGCAGAGGCAGGGGAGGCAGUAGCAGCGCUGUCCUCGCGGCGUUUGAGGACCCGGCAGAUGCGGAGUACGUGGCGAAUGCUCUGUGGGAGGACCUGGUGCAGAGCGGGACGCAACCACCCGGGCCCCGGCCCCCCGGCUUGGGGGUGCUCUCCGCGGCGCCCAUUUUCCUUGAGGACUUAGCGGCCAUGCGCGGGGCGCCUGUGGAGGUGGUACCUUCGGAUGGCCUCAGGAAAGACAUCCAGCUAAGCGGCCCCCAGCUAGAGAUGGUCCUGGCGGCGCUAAUACGAGGACUGCCGGCGGAGGCAGCGGAGGCCCAGGCGGAGCGGAUGCUGUACGAGGCAGCAGCGGCGGCAGCAGCGGCCGAGGCGGCGCCCGCAGCCGCAACAGCUGGCAGCAUCUCGCAGUCGCCGUCCGCUGCGAUCUCAGGUUCAUCAUCAGGUUCAUCGUCCGCUACCCGGGGCACACGGAGCGGUGGUCUCCCUGCGCGAUUGGUAGAACAGCGCCGUGGGCCCAAGAUCAAACUGCCCUCAAAAUUUGACUUUCCGGGAUUCGAUGUGGAGGAAGCCCAGCAGCAAGAAAGGAGGGAGGUUACGACGACGCCUGCGCCGCAACAAGCUACGUCCACAGCCGCGCCGGCUACAGCGACAGGGGUGUCGCAGGCGGCGGCGCCACCGCCGCCGAGUGCCGUGGGGGCGCUGCCGCCAACGGGCCCGCUUCAGCCAGCGUUGCCGCCACUGCCGCAGGCGGUAGUGGUGCCGCCGCAGCCGGCACAACGGCCGGCGAGCGUUCGAAUCCCACCGGGGACAGGAGACGUUUCAUGCCAGAUGCCACAGCCAUCGCUGCAGAAACAACGUCCGGGUUGUGGUCUCUACCUGCCCAGAAUCGCCGGGAUGGGCCCGACGGACGCCGCCAUCGAAGCUGCGCUAUCGGCGCUGGAAGCGGAAGUUGAAGGGGCGGAUGAUAAGCUCCUUGAGGAAUAUUAUUCUAUAUUUAAUAAGGCGCCAAGUGAUCAGCCAUCGGCGGAACCGGCGGCGAAGGACAGUACGACAAUGACGGAUCCAGCCUCGUUGGUGACCCCGUUAAAUUUAGUCAGUAGCAGUAGCAGUAACGCCGCGGGUGGCGACUUUGCUGCCCGCGCUGACGGCGGCAGCAGCAGUAGCAGCAGCAAGGUAGGGGCUCGCCGCGCUUGGGGCGCUUGGAAGGCCAACCGGCGGAUACAGGAAGCCGAAGCGACACUCCUCUCCAAGUCGGGAACGCGGGCAGUGACGUUGCCGCCGCCGCCGCCGCCGGCGGUGGCGGCAAGACAGUCGCCAGCGUCGCCGCUGUCACCGGCGGCGCCGCCACCGGCGGCUGGCGACGCGGGAGCGGCCGCCGGGUCGACCGAGUCAGGCAGCGGCGCCGUCACAGAGGACGGAGUGGUGGUAGUCAGCAAGCGCGUGGGGUCCACGCGACCCCCCAAGGUGGUGGAGGCGCCGGAGGCGCGACAGGACCGUGUUAAGGAGGCUCUGCGGGUGUUUUCAGAGUUGGGCAGCGGCACCGGUGAUGAGGAGGAACAGGGGGAGGAGAGCGGGGAGAUGGACGAGCAACUGUUCGGUCGAUCUGCAUCGCUACUGGCAGGAGGAAGACGGCCCUGGUGGCAGCAGCGCUUCCAGGCCCUCUUCCUGCCCACCAUCGGGUAUACGGACGGCUCAAUGGGCUUCAUGCAGCAGCUUCACUUGUUCGUGGUAAACGUGUCGCUGUCCGGCGACCGGCGAGACAUGCGAGUGCUGGCCUUUGAAGAUCGUACGGAUUGUACGGCAUGCCUUACACUCAUGGCUCAGUGGCCCGAAUACGAGGGGAGCGAGCCACGGAUGAGCAUGAUGCCAACCGACCGACUGCUGCAGCAGCUGCAGGACAUAUACGACUCACAGGCCCUGCGUUCGGGUUCGAUUCUCGCCAGGUGCGCAGCCGUUGUUGUUGACUUUGAUUUUGACCGUAACUUUUGUAUUGAAAAGUUGACCUUCUCCCUCCCUCACGUCCCCCAUGUGCCCGGCUCCACCCCACUCCACCCCACCCGGGGUCCCUCCUCCGACCUCAACAACGGUGUCAAUCGACCCCGCGGUCUGGCCGUGUUCCGACGCGGCAAGCUGCCCAUGCGACCCGGCAUGGGCCCAGAGGAGUUCGUCCAGGUGGUGGUGUAUCAGCAUGCGGCUCAGGUGGCGCUGGCCAGGACAGGAUAUGGCUUCAAUGCAUGA